AUGCCCCAUCCUAUUUCACGCACGGGCGUUCCGGAAUCAGGGGCUGACUUCGAAGACAGCUACGGAAACUUUUCAUUAUUAUAUUUAGCGAGAUUCGCGGAUAGAAAGGGGCAUUUUACGCCUAUUAGUUCUAGUAUAGAAGUGGUAAAGUGCUUAACGAGAGCGCCUCGACCCGGCUAUAGAACUGAUACGAGCCGUCACCUAGUAAAGCCGUUAGUGAGACACGCGACGCCCACGCUACUUAACUUAUUAAUAAAGGGCCUAUCGGGUGCCGCGGUUAAGGAAGAGAGCGAAGACUCACCCUUAGAGGACACUAUAUACCCCCUUUAG